AAUCUGAGGGAUGUUUUGUGCUUUGAUAAUCUCUCCAUUCCACCCAGCUACCAGCCAUGGAGGUGCUACGCGUUGUGCUCUGUGUCUUAGCAGCAGCUGUUAUUGUGAGAUCGGACGAUGACUGUGCGACCAGAAUUGACGCAAUCUACGGCGCUAGCAGGAAAGCAGAAAUGUUCAAGCUUAUUUAUCAAAACCCACCAAACUUUGAUGACCUCUGCGAUACCUACUCAAGAGCUAUGGAGGAUUUGGACUUGAUAACACAUGACACACCAAAGUGUGCUGACGCGGCGAAUGCAAGAACUGCUGCGGCGAAAAAAGACUUUAGUGGAAUCUGUGAAGAGUCCGGCGAGAUGGCAACAUGCACCAAGACUGCUGACAACUGUGAAUACAAUUUUACACAAGCCUUGGAUCAAGCCUCCACCCCAGAAUGUCCUUGUUCGUGAGUCUUGC